CCGCAGGGCGCACGCGCCGGGCCACCGUUACCUAGGGAAGGAAAAGACGCGAUCCCAGCCAUAGUAAAUGCGUGUCUGGGAUGCUGACAUUGGCCUCGGCGGCGAGAGGGGAGCGGGCGCUCGGACUGCUGCAGCCAUUUGUGUCUCCCCUCCUUCCUCGCAUAACAAAGCAAAAGAGAGAAAAAAGAAACAGUUCAGCAAAGCAAACCAACACAUCAAAAAGAGUCUGACAUCUGUAGUCAAAGGUGGAUACAAAUGGAGUCCAGAUACCUUCGAAAGUUCCUUGGCAGCUGCUUGUGUCAAGCCCUUGCAGAUGUCGUCAAAUUUCAACCAGUAGACCCAAUAGAGUACUUAGCAUUCUGGCUUUACAAAUAUAAAGAUAAUAUGGUUGCGGAAGAAUUGCGGCAAAUGGAACUGGCUCAGUUGCACCGAGAGCAAGAAAUAGCUAGGAUGGAGCAGGAAAUGUUGGAACAUUUGAAAGAAGAGGAGCUAUUGUUUCAGCAGCAACAGCUAGAAUUGGAACUGCAAGAAAAAGAGAGGCAGAGACUUGAAGAGUUAGAGAAGCAACAACUUGAAAUGGAAAUGCUAGAAAGAGAAAGGUUGGCCUUGGAAGAGCAGCUACAGAAGUCAGAGGCCCAGGAGGAGCAAAGUGGGGAAGAAGAAGAGCAAGUAGAAAUUCCAGUGGAAGGGGAUGACUUAACCAAGACAUUAGCUGAAAUUAGCGAUAGGUAUGGAGCACCUAACUUAAGUCGAGUUGAAGAAUUAGAUGAACCAACAACUUCUGAAGUAACAUUAAAUGAUGAAAAAGAAGGCAAAGAGCAAUGAGCAUUGGCAAU